AGAGGCGUGAGAGACACACUCACAGGCUGGCUUGGUUGCAUGCGUGCAAAGGAGUGCUCCCUCUUGCAGAGAGAAAGUUUGAAACGGAGCAGCCAAGGUCCGAGUGCACAGGUGUGAGGGGCACACUCAGCCACAUCUACCUCCUGGCCCUGGGAUGGCGUUUCCCGCUCACAGACACGCGUAGCAGUCAGAGAUGGCGCCGGACAUGUGGCUCUUCGCUGCCAUCCUUGGAUUGCUGACGGCAGCUGUCUCAGGUCACCCAACUCCAACCCCAUCUGGCCAGCUGGACACCAGCAGUGCAGAGAGCCAGCCCUUGGAGCCAGGACAGCGGCUCGGGGUCCGCCUGGUGAACGGAAGCAGCCACUGCAGUGGGACGGUGGAGGUCUGGAUCCGGAAGUCCUGGGAGCCGGCAUGCGGAGCGUUCUGGAACCACGACGCCACCGAGGCCGUGUGCCGAGCGCUAGGCUGCGGCAGGGCCGGGCCGACCAUCCAGCCCACCCUGCCGCCUUCGGAGCUGCCGCCUGGUCCAGGCGCAGGGAACACCAGCGAGGCCCCGAACGCCACACUGGUCCUGGCGCCUGCUGUUCUGUGCCAAGGGGCCGAGUGGCUGCUCUGCCACGUGGAGGAGCACGUGUGCGACAGUGCCGGGAAGCCGGCUGAGGUCACCUGCGCAGAGAACCACGCGGUGCGGUUGGUGGGCGGCAGCAGUCCGUGCGCCGGCCGCGUGGAAAUGCUAGAGCACGGCCAGUGGGGGUCGGUGUGUGACGACGCGUGGGACCUGGAGGACGCCCAGGUGGUGUGCCGGCAGCUGAACUGCGGCUGGGCGGUGCAGGCCCUGCCCGGCUUGCACUUCGCCCCUGGCCAAGGCCCCAUCCACCGGGACGAGGUGAGCUGCACAGGGACCGAGGACUUCCUGUGGGACUGCCAUGGGCUGCCCGGAAACGGCUACUGUGGUCACAAGGAGGACGCCGGCGUGGUGUGCUCAGAGCACCAGUCCUGGCGCCUGACUGGGGGCGCCGACCCCUGCGAGGGGCAGGUGGAAGUACAUUUCCAUGGGGUCUGGAGCACAGUGUGUGACAGUGAGUGGUACUUCUCGGAGGCCCAGGUGCUCUGCCGGGCCUUGGGCUGCGGGACCAUGGCUGCAACACCCAAGGGGCUGCCCCACUCGCUGCCAGGGAAAAUGUACUACUCAUGCAAGGGGGAGGAGCCCACCCUCUCCGAUUGCAACUGGAGGUUCAACAACUCCAACCUCUGCAAAGAGUCGAGUGCAGCCAGAGUCCUCUGCUCAGGCUCCCGGAGUCUGCUCAAUCUGUCCACUACGGAAGCACCUGCAAGCAUUCAGCCUGUCACUGUCGAAUCUACUGUGACCCAGCAAAUGGAAGCCUGGAAACCACGAGAACUAAUACUUCUCAUCCUCUGCAUCAUUCUGGGAAUUCUACUCCUUGGCAUCCUCAUCUCGACGGCCUUCAUCCUCUUCAAAGUCAAAGGAAAAUACGCCCUGCCCGUUGUGGUGAAUGCCCAGCACCCACCCGCCACCACCCCAGAAGCGAUCAAUAACUAUCAAGAUGUCCCCAUUACCAUUUCCAAAGAAGAAGACUCCCAGCGGCACCGCUUCACGGAGGAGGAGGCCCAGCAGAACAGGUUCCAGAUGCCCCCGCUGGAGGAAGGACUUGAAGAGGCACACAGCUCCCAGGUCCCACCCGCCAGCGCCAGCGCUGGCCACUACGGUGGCAGCUUCGUCACAGACGCGCCGUCCCUGGGCUCUCAACACCACGCGAGAAGCAGCAGGGAGUCCAGCACGUCCUCCGGGGAGGACUACUGCAAUAGCCCCAGCAGCAGGCUGCCUCGAUGGACCCCUCAGGUGUUUUCUACAGAGAGGAGCCCCUUCUUGGAGCAGCCCCCCAACUUGGAGCUGGCUGGCUCCCAAGCUACUUUUUCAGCAGGGCCCUCAGCUGAUGACAGCUCCAGCACCUCAUCCGGGGAGUGGUACCAGAACUUCCAGCAGCCGCCUCAGCCUCCCGAGACGAAGCAGUUUCAGUAUCCAGGAACCCCCAGGCCCCAGGCCGACUCCAUUGCCAAUGAGGACUACGAUGACAUCGGGGGCUCCUAGGCUGGGUCCCAGUGAGGCUCCCGGAGGUUCCCUUCCUCCAGACUCCUGCUCCACCUGCCCCUGCCCUCCUACCCUGUUCCCCAUCGCCCCCCAGGGGACCAAGGAGACUUCCCUGGAGAGAUGCAAGGAAAGCCUUCACCCUGCACCCCUCAGUCUCUGUCCAUCAAACAGAAGCUGCUCACCCAGCCGUCCCCUAGCCCCAAAGAGCCCAGAGGUGGAAGGUGCUGCCUUGGAGAGGUAGUGAGCUCCCCAUCUCAAGGAUGAAUAAGCAGCCUGGGCCACUUCUCAGCAGGCUGCAAGGAGGGGCCGAACCGAGGCCCUUUUCUGAUCCUCCGGCAUCUGCGAUUUGUUUGCUUCCCUGAGUCUCAAACCGCUCAGGGGCCCAGAGGUACUGAGAGAACAGAAACCAGCCCAUCCCAAGUGCCCCCCAGGGAGGCCUGGGGGCAAGGGCUGCAGGGCUGCUUUGGCGGAUUCUGGAGGAGGGAGUGGCACACCCACUGACCCAGGUUGGCAACCGCCCGGGACACAGAGUCCGGCCUUCCUGGGAAUGGCCUGCUGGCGACAAGCCGGAUGACUGCCCCUCCUGCACUACCAAGGGACUGGAGCCUACAGCCAGCCCUGCCUCUGGAGACCCUCGGAGCCCACUGGGGCGCAGCCAUGUUCUGCAGUGACUGUCCCUGGACAGGAGACCCUUACUCUGAGUCUCCCGUGGCUUACAGAGAUGGCUCUAGUCCAGCCCCCGCUUAGACCCAGAGUUGGGUCCCAGUGCCCAUGGCAGCAGGAGGGGCCCAGAGGCUGCACCAAGCGCCUCGUGCCCAUCUGCUUGGAUUUCUGGGAGCUUCCCUGAGGAUCACGUGAAUAUGCAAUGUCACGCCCAGAGCCACAAACAUGUCAGAGCGGCCCGAGGGCUCAGGGCCAGCUGCUGGUGUCCUGUUUUGAGUAUCCUAAGAGUAAAGUAAUUGCUGAAUAAAAAUGGGGCAUGGAGUGACAAGUC